CAAAUGACGUCAGCUGUUCACGCAGUGCUGUUGUCUGUCCCAGAACAUGUCGUUUUACAACACACACAAACAUUCGAAAAGAAGACGCCAAGACUGAAAAGAAUUAAUCACUAUGAAUAAACUAACCCUCCAGCAGGUUCACACUUUGCGGAAAGCUCAGGAGGAAUUGAAUGACUGCAAGGCCAGUUACUUAAAAUUCUACCCAAAAUUAGCCAAACAUAUUUACACCGCGGAUCUGAAUAAUUUGAUACGUAGUGAAUUCAGCCGACUGGAUGUUCAGUUGAAUAUACCCAAAUUGCCCGCACGGAGCGCACAAGAGGAAUACACACCGUUGUUACAGGUGGAUAGAAUGAUCGAGCUUUACGAUGCAACAGUUGAGGGCUCCUCCCUACUGUGAGUUGGCUGCGAUCUAUUUGAAUUAUUAUUAAGCCAAUAGCCAUGUAAAAUGCGUUGAAUAUGCUGCAAACACUCAAAGCAGGGCGAAAGACACUGCAAAAGGAUAAAAACAUUUGUCAACAGUUGUGGAACGAAAGGUCGCGACACUUACAUGGAACAUUGGGAUAAUGGGCCGCUCCUUGAACAAGUUGCCUUUGGUGCGCAAUAUGAGCAUGUAUUUUAUAUCCAACUGUGAAUAGAUAUAUUUUAAUAAAUCUUAAGAAUAUUUGUGCAGCAGUUAAA